AUGCAAAACCUAGGAUUAACAACAGAAUUGAGCUACGAAUAAUAACAUGAAUUAUACAAUUAGCAAAUUGCUGAUAAUAAAUAAUUAUCAAGUGCUAUGGCUUAUUUGCUUAUGGAUUUGUGUGAAGAAGGUGACAAUGAUGCUAAUAGCAUUUAAGAACUUGAAGCUUUUAAUAGUUCUAAGAUUCCCUCUAUUUCUAUUUAUGAUUACCUAUGCAGAAUUUUAAAGUAGGCUUAAUGUUCCUAGGAAUGCUUAAUAAUGGGUUUAAUAUUCAUAGAUAAAUUGUCAUAAAAAUAGGGGAGAAUUAUAUUAAAAUCAAUUAAUGUCCAUCGAUUGUACGUUGUGGCAGUCAUGUUAUCAGCAAAGUUUUAUGAUGAUAGGUUCUUUCAGAAUUCAUAUUAUGCAAAGGUAGCUGGGAUUUCACAUGAGGAAUUCAACCAUUUGGAAAGAGUCUUGGUUUUCUUAUUGGACUUUAAAUUGAGGAUAGAUCCAUUACUCUACUUCACCUAUCGUUAAAGAAUAAUUACUAAUUACUUUGACAAUCCAGAUUGA